AUGGAGCCAAGCAAUAAUGAUUCUGAUAACAAUGAUGUAGUGGAUGAAAUCAAAGAAUACUAUGAUUGUAGAUAUAUAUCUGCAUGUGAAGCAUCAUGGCGGAUUUUUAAAUAUGAUGUUCAUUAUAGGUAUCCUGCUGUGAUUAGACUACCUUUUCAUCUUCCUGGUCAACAACAAGUUGUAUAUGAGGCAGACGACGAUAUUGAAGAUGUUCUUGACCGGCCUUCAGUUGCUUCUUCAAUGUUCACAUCUUGGAUGAAGUGUAAUGAAAUCAAUAAAGAUGCACGGAAACUUACAUAUGUUGAAUUUCCUACAAAGUUUGUUUGGAAACCUAAACUUAAUAUUUGGAAGCCAAGGAAAGUUGGAUAUUCUAUUGGUAGAAUUCACUCGGUUUCACCUAAGCUUGGAGAAGCGUAUUUUUUAAGAAUUCUUUUAAAUAAAGUGAAAGGUCCAAAAUCCUUUGAAGAAAUUCGCACAGUCAAUGGUGAAAUAUGUUCUUUUAAAGAUGCAUGCUAUAAUCUGGGCCUUUUGGAUGAUGACAAAGAAUACAUUGAAGCAAUUAAGGAAGCAAGUGUUUCUGGAUCUGGUUUUUAUCUACGUUUCUUAUUUGUUACGAUGUUAUUGUCCAGUAGUUUGUGUAAACCAGAGAUUGUGUGGGAAAACACAUGGGAAUACCUUUCAGACGGAAUUCUUUAUUCUCAACAAAAGAGAUUAAACUCUCUAGGUUUAUCACUAAACGAAGAUCAAAUUAAAAACUUGACUUUGUUCGAGAUAGAACAAAUUUUACUCCGAAACAAUUCCAGUCUCAAGAACUAUAGAAGGAUGCCUUACCCAGAUGUUGAUUUGGUUUCAUCUUCAAACAAUCGUUUGAUAGUCGAGGAGCUAGAUUAUGACAUAUCAAAUUUGAAGAAUGAGUUUGAUCGGCUCUUUGUUUCAUUAACCGACGAGCAACGCAACAUUUUUCUUGAUAUAAUGGCUAAGGUUAAAAAUAAUAAGGGAGGUGUAUUCUUUAUUUAUGGUUAUGGUAGAACUGGUAAGACAUUUCUCUGGAAGACAAUUUCUGCAGCAAUUAGAUCCCAAGGAGAGAUUGUUUUAAACGUUGCUUCAAGUGGGAUUGCUUCAUUAUUAUUGACUGGAGGUAGGACAGCACACUCUCGGUUUAAUAUUCCCAUAAAUCUUACCGAGGAUUCUUUUUGUAAAAUAAAUCCAAAGAGUGAUCUUGCGAGUUUAGUAAGAAAAGCCUCAUUGAUCAUUUGGGAUGAAGCACCAAUGGUACACACGCAUGCAUUUGAAGCUUUAGAUCGAACUUUGAAGGAUAUAUUAAGAUUUGUCGAUCCUAAAAACUCAAAUAUUCCAUUCGGAGGGAAAGUGGUUGUUUUUGGAGGUGAUUUUAGACAAAUUCUACCUGUUGUUCCAGGUGGCAGUAGACAAAAUAUUGUUAACGCUUCUUUAAGUUCUUCGUAUUUAUGGCAACAAUGCAAAGUCCAUAAAUUAACAAAAAACAUGAGGUUAACUGUUGGCAGCGAUUCAUCUGUUGUUCAUCGAAUAACGAGUUUUUCAAACUGGCUUUUGGACAUAGGAGAAGACAUUCUCAUUAAUGAUCCAUGUGAUCCCAAUGGUUCAUUAAUCAAAUUUGUAUAUCCUUCCAUUCUUGAAAACUUCAACAUUGCGGGUUAUUUUCAAGAAAGAGCAAUACUUGCUCCCAAGAAUGAAGUUGUCCAAGAAAUAAAUGAUCGGUUGCUAAAACUGAUUCCAGGAGAGCCAAAAGAAUAUUUAAGUUUAGAUAGCCUCUGCCAAUCUGAGUUUGUCCAUGAUCAGUUUGAUGCAAAUUUAUACUCACCUGAUGUUUUAAAUGGUCUUAAAAUCUCAGGUAUGUCAAACCAUAAUCUCAUUUUAAAAGUCGGUGUUCCAGUUAUGUUAUUGAGAAACAUUGAUCAGAAAAAUGGCUUAUGCAAUGGCACUAGACUACAAGUCGUAUCAUUGGGCAAACGAGUAAUCAAGGCAGUUAUCAUAUCUGGAAGUAAUAUUGGAAACCGGACUUUCAUUCCAAGAAUGUCUUUAACUCCUACUGAAAACAAAAUCCCAUUCAAAUUCCAAAGAAGACAAUUUCCAUUGGCUGUAUGUUUUGCAAUGACAAUUAACAAGAGCCAAGGUCAGUCUUUAUCGAAGGUUGGAUUGUUUCUCAAGGAUCCUGUUUUUACACAUGGCCAAUUGUAUGUUGCUUUAUCUAGAAUUCAAAGUAGAGAGGGAUUAAAAUUGUUAAUUUUAAAUAACCAUGGUAGACUAUCAAAUAAAACAUCCAAUGUCGUGUAUAAAGAAGUUUUUAGAAAUUUAUAA